AUGAAGGGUGACAUCCUGAUUUUUGCUCCUCUGUGUUUGCUCCUUUCCUGGAUGCUGCCAGUAGACUCAAAGACGGCCACUUUUAUCAUCAGUCUACCAAAAGCAAACCCGGGCAUUCGAAUGAGCAUGGUUGCAGAUGCUGUUGAUGACAUGUACUUUGGCUGCCAUGACAAAAUGAAGAAAAUGGUCAUGGACAAAUACUUUAAAAGCGAGAGCAAGGCAGAAUUUGGAGAAGCCUGGAAAGCGGCAGAAGCUUGUCGUAACAACCAUAAAGACAAAAAGGAUAAGGCUUUAACUAAGGAUCACCUGCAAGCAAUCUGUGUUUAUACAUCUGAUGAACCUGAAUUGUAUCAGAAAUUCAAUCAUGCAGUACGCACCAAUAGAACAGACUAUGGCACCUCUUUCUCUUUUCACUCCUUGCAUUUCUGGCUGACAUCUGCUUUACAGAUCCUCAAUAAUAAUAGGAAAUGUCACAUCACUUACCGUAGAACCAAUAUGGUGUUUACUGGCGAUGUCAACCAAAUCAUACGGUUUGGUUUCUUUGCCUCCAGCUCUUACAAACCAAAUCUGACCGAGUUUGGCACGACCACCUGCUUUAUAAUCAAGACCUGUUCAGGUGCUUACCUGAAAAAAUAUUCACAUUUUAAGGAUGAAGAGCAAGAGGUGCUCAUCCCUCCCUAUGAGAAGUUCAGGAUAACUAAGAAAAUGGAGAAUAAUUUUGUGGCAGGACUGAAGGACUGCAAAUAUGUUUUUUCCUUAGAGAGCGCAGGAGUUGACAGCAAUCUAAACUGCAAAGCUGCAGAGCAAGAGGUGCUCAUCCCUCCCUAUGAGACGUUCAAGAUAACUAAGAAAAUGGAGAAUAAUUUUGAGCCAGGACUGGAGGACUGCGAUGUUGUCUUUUCCUUAGAGAGCGCAGGAGUUGUCAGCAAUCUAAACUGCAAAGCUGCAGGCUUAUGA